AUGUCCAAGGAGACUACUGCACGAAGUCCCGGCGAAUCGCAAGACGCGACCCGUCCUCUGUUCAGUGCGCAGGUGUCGCACCAAGAAGACGACGGAGAAGACGCGCCCGAUGAAGUAGACGAUGGCCCCCCACCUCUAGUUGACCCGCCUCCAUCCAUGACUUUUACAUUCAACACAGACAUGACUCCGUACGAAGGCGGUCUUCAGCAGACGGCACCGUUCCCCACUGCUUUCCCUUCCUUCACAACUGCUUCUUCGGGUCCCCCUUCAGGCGGAGAGCUCGUCUCGCUCUAUCCCAACGACGCGUUUAUUGGCGGUGGUCGAACGAACAGACGACGCGCUCAAGACCCGGACUACAUCCCCAGAGCGCCGAACGCGUUCAUCUUGUUUCGCGCCUCUUUCGUGCGUACACACCAACUUGAAGCAGGCAGUGGAGGAAAGAAGGAUCGUCUUGGCAAGCUUGUUGGGCAAGCCUGGCGCGCUCUGCCAGCGCACGAGCGCAAAGAAUGGGAAGUCAGGGCAGCCCUCGCACAAGAGGAGCACCGUCGGCGCUACCCAGAUUGGCGCUUCAAGCCACAGCAAAUCGCGGCCGGCCUUGGGCAACCCUCGGGCCCGCGACCGCGCAAGGGCAGGAUCAAAGACGGGGGCGGCGGGAAUCAUGACAGAGGCGAAGGCAGCAGCAAGGACACCGCAGCAGCUUCGCGAAGUCGCACAGAGGAAAGCGCCGCACAAGAAGAGAGCCAGAACGCCUCAUCCUCGGCAAACGUGUACGAAUUCCCAGGGCCCCAAAUAUUGCUCGAUGCUCCUACUGGCAAUAUUCCUUCCGAGGAGCAGCCUUCAGCUUUACCAUCGACAUCUCCUUCCUUGAAUCAACAGGAUGCUCGUCAAACUUUUCCAGUACCCACGACGCGACAGUACCUUGUCCCUCCGCCACCAUCUGAUGCGGCGUCUGGCCGAGUGCGCUCGAGGUCACUGGCGACGUCUACGCGUUCAAGGUCGACCCCUUCGCGUCGAGGGCGUGGGAGGAGUGUUGAUCUGAGCGGCGUCUCUCGCCCCGUUCCUCAACCUCCAGAAAGUCCUCGCAAACGCUCCGCGAAGGUCGCCCAGCUCUCCACAUCCGACGAGCACGACCCAUUGCGUGGGCGCAAUGCGGGCGUCUCCCCGCCUCGCAAGAGGCAGGACAAGGGCAAGGGUCGCGAGGCGAGCGUGUCUGGAGGUCUUUUCGCCACUGUCGCGUCUAGCUCUGAGCAGCAGGAGCAGGCGCAAUGGGACGGACCACCGUCGACCCCCGAGUCUUCCUUCAGCUCGCCAGUGCUAAGCGAGGCAGCAGCGUCUACCGCAUCCACACAGCCCCUGCAGGCGCCCACACAGGGUCCACUGAACAUCCGCUUCUUCCACGACCCCCGCAGCGCGUCGAGUCCCAAGAAAGCACCUCGAGACUCGUCUAAUGAUCCAUAUGCCUCCUCAGUGCCCUUGCACCCCAUACCCUUCCCGACAACGGCGCCUCGCACACCGACCAUGUCGCCUGCGACGACAGUUCUAUCGCCCCUGACGUCACCUGCCACUUCAUAUGCGUCGCCCGUCAUGCAAACUGCAGCCGUGCAAGAGUCCGAGCGCAAUCCUUUCAGCACCGUCCCGCUCACGGAGAUGUUCAAACGCGCAUCGUCAGCGCCGCCAGUGGAGAAGGGCUCAUCAUCGUCGUCGUCUUCAUCUUCGUCUACUUCGACGCGCGUCCCAGACUUCAUCGCUCGCCGUGAGGAGGAAGAGGAGUCCGAUGGGGACGGAGGUAGCAGCAGCGGGAGCACAACACCGCAGAACGUCGUACGCGCAGCGCCCCCCGGCAGCGCGCCCAUAUCGAUUCCUUUCGGAGUGGGGAAAGUUGGGCAGCCUGGUGUCGGGUGGGACGGUACGGGGCCGUUGUUCCCCUUCGCUGCCUCGGGUGGGAGCCUGGGCGGCAUUGGUGCGCGACCGACACACGGCAGGAGAGAGACGAUAUCACUGCCAGUGCAGAGGGCGCCGCCUAUUCACCAGACGCCUCCGGUGCAUCAGCACGAGUACUCUUUUGCCUCGGGCGUAAGCUCAGGUCAUUCUUCGCCCCAUUUUGCAGCUGUGCAUGCCCCCAUCCCAGCUAGCUACGCUGAGGGGUAUCAGCACCACCAGCAGAUCCAGCCAACGGCUCAAGUCGAGAACCAACCAGCCGCUCGCGACGCAUCUGCACAGCAAAAUCCACAGCAGAACUGGGCGCCACUAACGACCGAAGGCAUGGGCUACGAUUGCAGCGACUGGCAGGCAAGACCACUUCUUCUCUGUCGCCCACGACCUCAGCUGAUAAUCGCCCAGCCAUACCACCACCAACAGCCUGAAGACACGGGCGGCAUUUCAUGGACGAGGGCGGAAGGACGGCAGGGCGUGGUUGCGGCUAUCGACGCCCCCAAAGCGCAAGAGAAGUGGCCAUCAGAGUACGAGGGGGAGACGUUACAGUAUCCGGAGACGAUGGAUUGGACGACGCAAGACUCGCCUGAGCCUCCGCCGGUCAUGCUGCCGGCGCCGAACGAGCCAGCUUAUGGACAGCAUCAGCAACAGCCUAUCGAAUACCCAACUUACCAGAGCACGGGAUGGGCGGAGACAGGAUGGACUGCUCAUGCUUCGCGUGAGCCUGCGCAAGCAGGCUACAACCCUGGCGUGUGGCCACCUCAGCAAACGACAUGGGCGCAGAAUACGACCUGGGAUCAGCAGCAAUACUACCAGCAGUACACGCAGUCGCCGUAUACCCAUUCUCAGCCUUCCCUUCUGUCCCAACCACAGCAAUCCUGGACCCAGCCGCAGCACUCCCCAUACAUGCAUGCCCAGCACUCUCCCUAUGCGCAUCCCAUGCACUCGCCCUACGCGCAGACGGAGCAUCCGUCGGCGCAGGUGUCUCCACUGGCGAGUCCCGCAAUGAAGAGCCUGCCGCCGACUGAGCAGCCGAGAUCGAAUUGGGGCGGCGGGUGGGCUGCCGAGAGCGAGGAUUUGAGCUCCAAUACGGCUGGUAUGUAUCCCUCGGGGUCAGGCUGGUCAUCUUAUCAGGGAGGAUGGGACGCACCAUCGGAGGAGCGUCGCUAA